AUGGAUGAGGCUGCAGUAGUAGCCACAGAAUUCGUCAAUAGCCUUGACAAUCUCCAGCAGGAGUUUCAAUUUAUUUUAACUGAAAUUAGACUCAGAGAUCAGUCAUCCUCAGAGAUACGCGAUAAUAUACAGCGUAAAGAGGUGGAAUUGAAUACGACAAUGUUGAAAACUAAACCACCUGGGAGUACUACCAACAAGGAGGAAACUAAACCUGAUACUGACUUUGAUAAUUAUCUCAAAUCUGAGUAUGAUAGACUCGAUAAACUGGCUAAUGAAAAACUGGAAUGGUCGAAUAAGCUUAAAAUGCUGAUUGAUAAACACGUGAAGAGAGUUAACGUUGACUUGGUUACGGUGCAGCAACUAUCGGCUAACCUAAACGCUGGUAAUGCUCCACUGAACUCCCCUGCUACUCUUAUAUCCAAUCCAUUCAAUCAAAAAGCUCCAUCUACACCUACACCCGCUGCUCUCAAUAAAAGUUUGUCCAGUAAUAGCCAGAAAAGGCCAUCAAUUACCGAUAAAAUAUCAACACCAGGAGUGUCAGAAGUCACUCAAAAGAAGCGCAAGCUUAGUAGUCUCAAUCCAAGCAGUGGUAAUAACACCAGCAAGAAGUCACGUCAAUCCUCAGCUCGUCCUUCUGAAAGUGAAGAAGAUCAAUCAAUUGACGCGAUGGAGGAUGAAUCAAUCUCAGACUCUACAAAGGGUGGUAUUACCGGUGAAGCUGAUGAGGAUGAAAAUGUUUAUUGUUAUUGCCAGAAGAAGUCUUAUGGAGAAAUGAUUGGUUGUGACAACGAUGAUUGUCAAUUCCAGUGGUUCCACUUGGGAUGCGUUAAUGUUAAACCACCGUUACCAGAGGUCUGGUAUUGUACCGAAUGCAAGAAUAAACUCGGCAUGAGUUCUAACACACCUAAUAAGAAAGUAUUACAAAGCAUACAGAAGAAGAAAAAGUGA